AUGGCGGACCAUCUGAAGUUGUAUCUCUUUGGAGACCAGACGUUCGACAUACAGCCUCAUCUGAAGGACCUGCUUCGGAACAGAGCCAAUCCGGUCCUAGAGGCCUUCCUCGAGAAGGCUUACGAUGCAAUUCGUAGGGACAUCUACCGAUUGCCGCACGAUGUCAGGGACGAGAUUCCUCGAUUCACAUCCCUAGAUGAUCUGUUUAUGUGGAACAAGAGCGGCAAACGAUGCAUUCCGCUCGAUAUGGCCGUCACUUGCAUGUAUCAGCUCGGAGCGUUUAUCAGUCAAGCAGACAGCGAGUGUUAUGGUGCAGACGGCUCCCGGGUCGUUGGUCUCUGUACAGGAGCCCUUGCCGCUGCUGCUGUCAGCUGCAGCCGGAGCACACUAGAGCUGAUUCCUCUGGCUGUCGAUGCAGUGAUCGUGGCCUUCAGAACGGGCAUGGUUGUGGCUGAUGCCGUGAAGCGAGUUGCCCCUUCGCUGGGCUCCAACCAGAGCUGGUCGAUUAUAUUUCCGGAAUCGGCAUCUGCGGACAGUGUACGCAAGUUCUGUGACCAGAGUGGGCUCCCGGUGACGAGCCGGCCUUACAUCAGCGCCUACGCACCGAAUUGGAUCACUGUCAGCGGGCCGCCGACAUCGCUUGAUCAUCUCGUCCACUCAGGGAACUUCAAGACGGGCAGAUUCAAGAGCAUUCCCGUGUACGGACCAUAUCACGCACCACAUAUCCACUCCCGGUUCGACAUUGAUGAUAUCGUGGGAGGGCUGUCCUCUGACAGCAGUGCCGUCCCUCAACGCAUUGCCUUAUUCCCAAGCGCGGCGUCCACGGAGGGAAAGCGCAAUUUCGGAGCUCUCUUGGAGGCUGCUGUUGGAGAAAUACUGCUACAUCCCAUCCGAUGGAGGAAUAUUCUUGACGAUCUGCAGGCGUGGAUCCAGAGUGUGGGCCCAAAGUCAUUUGCCGUCAUUCCUAUCGGGACCACUGCCGACCAACUCAUUUAUACCGAGCUUAGACAGACACCGUUGCGCACGCGGAUCCCCUCCACGCAUGCUCAUGGGAAGCCGGCUUCGUCUGGAAAUACUUCCUACCCGACUCCGAACAAGCCCAAGCUUGCCAUCAUCGGCAUGUCCGGGCGGUUCCCGGGAGCUAAGGACAAUAGCGCCUUCUGGGACUUGCUCUACCAAGGUCUGGAUGUCCACAAACCUGCUCCAACCCUUCAUUGGGAUGUCAAAACGCACGUCGACCCCACAGGAGCCCGGAAGAACACCAGUGCAACACCGUUUGGGUGCUGGCUAGACGAUCCAGCUGUGUUCGAUGCCCGCUUCUUCAACAUCUCGCCACGAGAAGCGCCACAGAUCGACCCAGCACAGAGACUUGCUCUGAUGACGGCAUACGAGGCAAUCGAACAAGCUGGUAUUGUGCCUGAUGCUACCCCCUCUACAAGACGUGAUCGCGUCGGCGUAUUUUACGGCGUCACGAGCAACGAUUGGAUGGAGACGAACUCUGCCCAGAACAUCGAUACCUACUUUAUCCCGGGUGGGAAUCGAGCAUUUAUUCCUGGCCGCAUCAAUUACUGCUUUAAAUUUAGCGGCCCGAGCUAUGCAGUCGAUACGGCGUGUUCCUCCAGCCUGGCUGGCAUACACUUGGCGUGCAAUUCACUAUGGCGUGGAGACAUCGACACCGCGAUCGCGGGUGGGACGAAUGUUCUCACAAACCCGGACUUCACGGCUGGUCUUGAUCGAGGGCACUUCCUCUCGCGGACUGGCAAUUGUAAGACGUUCGAUGAUGAGGCUGACGGGUAUUGCCGUGGUGAAGGUAUCGGAACUGUCAUCAUCAAGCGCCUCGAUGAUGCUCUCGCAGAUAACGACCCUAUUCUGGGCAUUAUUCUCGGCGCAUACACAAACCACUCUGCUGAGUCGGAAUCAAUUACCCGGCCCCAUGUCGGAGCACAGCGUGCGAUUUUCAGCAAGAUUCUGAACCAGGGUGGUGUGGAGCCUUACACUGUCGGUUAUGUUGAGAUGCACGGAACAGGCACUCAAGCUGGCGAUGCAGGAGAAAUGUCUAGUGUGCUCGACACUUUCGCACCGCCCCUAUCCCAAGUCGAACGAGCCAGAACGACUGAUGAGGCUCUCUACAUCGGGUCAGCAAAAUCCAACAUCGGCCAUGGCGAAGCCGCUUCUGGAGUCUCAAGUCUCAUCAAGGUGUUGCUCAUGAUGCAGAAGAAUAUGAUUGUCCCCCAUUGUGGCAUCAAGACAAAGAUCAAUCACCGGUUUCCGACCGAUCUGAAGGAACGAAACGUCAAAAUUGCGCUGAAACCGACUCCAUGGGAGAGAAACUCAGACCCUUCCAAUCCCAGGCGAGUCUUUGUGAACAACUUCAGCGCCGCUGGUGGGAAUUCGGCUCUCUUGCUCGAAGAUGCUCCGCUCAGUCAGGACCCAUCCGCUCGGGCCACCGAUCCCCGAACUCACCAACUCAUAUCUGUCUCGGCUAAGAAUGGCGUGUCUCUACAGGGAAACCUCAGGUCUAUGCUCGGCUUCCUGAAGCAGAACCCAGAUGUCUCUCUCACGCAGCUCUCCUACACCACAACAGCACGGCGCAUGCACCACCAGCAUCGUGUCAUGCUUUCUGGCUCUACCGUCCAGGACUUCAGCACCCAGAUUGAGUCGGCUCUUCGGGAUAACAAAGGAAUGACUAGGCCGAAAAGUGCUCCCAAGGUCAUUUUCAUGUUUACUGGCCAAGGCGCCCUAUACCCUGGAAUGGGGAAGCAGCUUUUCGAGAACUUCUCUACCUUCCGCAACGAGAUGCAUCGCUUGGAUCGGAUCGGACAGAAUCUAGGCUUUACAUCCAUGUUGCCUGUCAUCCAAUCCGAGGAACAGGACAUGAGUGGAUUUGCUCCUACAGCUGUUCACCUGGCAAAUGUCUGCAUGCAGAUCGCUCUGAGUAAACUGUGGGCAUCCUGGGGAAUUACUCCUGUCGCUGUCACUGGCCACAGCCUCGGCGAAUAUGCCGCACUCAACGCCAGCGGGGUACUCUCGGAUGCGGAUACCAUCUAUCUUGUGGGAAAGAGGGCGACUCUGAUCGAAGAGAAGUGCACGCGUGACACGCACGCGAUGCUUGUUGUCAAAGGGACAGUGGACGACAUCGCAAGGAUCCUGAAAGACAGCAAGUAUGAGAUCGCUUGCAUCAAUUCACCAAUCGAGACCGUCUUGGCCGGAUCGAACGAACGCGUCUCCAGCUGGAAACGCUCGUUUGCCGAUUCGGGAGUGCCCUCUACACUGCUCAAGGUCCCCUACGCAUUCCACUCCUCCCAGAUGGACCCAAUACUGUCGGACCUCAAGUCGGUUGCGAGUGUCGUAACGUUCUCCAAGCCAAGGAUUCCCAUCCUGUGCCCCCUUGAGGGUAGCGUCGUCGAUGACGAUGGGAGCUUCGGCCCUAACUACCUCGCACGCCAUGCUCGCGAACCUGUCAAUAUGCUCGAGGCGCUGCUGACGGCACAAAGAGACCACCUCAUCACCGACUUGACCCCGAUGCUAGAGAUUGGCCCGCAUCCCGCUGUUUCUAGCAUGGUAAAAGCCGUGCUAGGACCGCAGACGACAACCUUGGCCACAUUGCAGCGUGGUAGGGGAGUCUGGCAGGUCCUAGGAGCAACAUUGGGCUCCCUUUAUAGUGCCGGUGCCGACAUCCGCUGGGCAGAGUACCACCGCGACUUCAAGGGCUCCCACAAGGUCCUUUCCCUGCCGGCAUACAGCUGGGACACCAAGGAAUACUGGAUUCAGUAUGUCAAUGACUGGUCGCUGCGCAAGGGAGACCCUCCUUUGAUGAUGCAAAACGCUCCAAGGCUCGAAAGCACGACUAUCCACAGAGUCGUCGAAGAAACGGGCGACUCCAACAAGGCUCAUAUCAUCGUGGAGGCCGACAUCGCACGCAAAGAUCUGAGCCCGCUCGUACAAGGACACGAGGUAGACGGCAUCCCGCUCUGCACCCCGUCGGUCUAUGCGGAUAUCGCUUUGACCCUGGGCACUUAUCUUCUCCAGCGUUACCGCCCUGAUCAGCAGGAGAAGCUGGUGGACGUAUCGGACAUGACUAUUUCGAAGGCCAUGAUCCUAAAGGCCGGCGCAACCGAACAGUUCCUCCAAGCACAUGCUGAAGUCGAUUGGCCGUCCCAGGCAGCCAGCAUUAAAUUCCUCUCCUUCGACAAUAAGCAGAAAUUGCAGGAGCAUUCACGCUGCGUCGUGCGCUUCAAGGACGGAAAGCUCCAGCAAGCGCUUCAAGCAGAUGCUUCAAACAUCAAGCAAAAGAUGCAAGUUCUCCGUGCGGGCAUCGCCACCGGCACAACCGCCCGCUUCAACCGCCCCAUGGCAUAUCGCGCCAUCCGACCUUUGGCACGCUUCCACGACGACUACCGCGCAAUAGACGAAAUGGUCCUGAACAGCAACACAUUCGAGGCCACCAGUCGUCUCAGUUUCGGUGGCGUGAAAAGAGACGGUAACUUCCACACUCAUCCAGCGCUCAUUGACUCUCUGACUCAAUCCUGCGGCUUCACGAUGAACUGCAAUGACUCCACGGACCUAGAUAACGAAGUCUUCAUGAACCAUGGAUGGGGUUCGUUCCAGAUGUUUGAGCCCAUAGACUUUGAGAAGGUGUAUACGACCUAUACGCGUAUGGAGCAAGCGCCGGAUAAGCUGUGGCACGGCGAUGUUGUCAUCUUCGAUGGCGAUAGAGUUGUUGCGUUCUUCGGGCAGAUUGCGAUUCAAGGCGUACCUCGACGUGUCUUGAAGGUCAUCCUGUCCAUCGAAAGCGGAAGCAAAUCCCAGAAGCCGCAACCCGCGCAGAAGCAACAACAUCCUAUCGCGGCGCCAGCGCCUCCCACCCAUUUCCCUCCUCCAGUCACCGCAGAUGCCCACGCAUCCAAGCUUGCGAAGGCGCUGUCCAUCAUCGCGGACGAGAGUGGCCUCGCUAUCACGGACCUGACUGAUGGCACCGUGUUCUCCGACGUUGGCGUCGACUCUCUUCUGGGUCUGACCAUCUCGGCUCGCUUCAAAGAGGAACUUGACGUCGACCUCGACUUCAACGCACUCUUCUACGAGCAUCCCACUGUUGGCGACCUCAAGGCCUCCCUAGGUGGUUCUACGGCUAGCACGACCGGCGUGUCUACUCCGCUAUUGACCGACACCAUGCCGACAGCCACUGCCACGGGCGCCACGACGCCUAACACGGAUCGCGACUCCCUUGGGCCCAAGGUGGACUUUCAGCGCGCUCUUCAGAUCGUCUCGGAAGAGAGUGGAAUUGCAAUCGAAGACCUCACCGACGAUAUGAAUUUCGCAGACACGGGCGUGGAUUCUCUAAUGUCCCUCGUCGUCGUGAGCCGGUUCCGAGAUGAGCUCGAGCUGGACAUCCAGCACGAGACGCUUUUCCUCGAGUGCCCCACCGUGGCGGACUUGAAAACGGUGCUGGUGGGAGAAAGCCCGCCGGAGAACCAGCCGCUUCCCGUACCAGCCUUCGACAGGUUGCAGCUCACUCCCACGGCGAAUGGAACUCCUAAGCGCAGCGAGAGCGAGUCAGCUGCGCUGGCGGCUCGCAAGCACGCCGUCGACGAAUAUGUUCAUAAGUACACGGCUGGAUACUCUGCGCCUGUUCCUUCACCGAUCUCUGCCGCACCAAACGACAAUGAGAAAGUUGUCCUAGUCACAGGUGCAUCAGGGAGCCUGGGUGGCCACCUAGUCUACCACUUAGCGCAGCUUCCCGACGUGAAGACCGUGGUCUGCCUCAACCGCGAGAACAAGGCCGAGCCGUACGCGCGCCAGCAAAAAGCCAUGAGAAGCAAGGGCAUCCGUUUCCCUGAGGCCCUCAAGCCCAAGCUCCUCGUGCUGCAGACCGACAGCGCGAAGCCCAUGCUCGGCCUCUCAGCCAGCGAAUACGAAUCCCUCGUCGGCUCCGUCACGCACCUCAUCCACAAUGCCUGGCCCAUGAGCGCGAAACGCCCCUUGGCCGGCUUCGAGCCCCAGUUCCAGGUCAUGCGCAACCUGCUCGACUUUGCUUCCGCGGCCGCUUCCCGCCGCCCCGCCAGCUUCAAGUUCAGCUUCCAAAUGGUGUCCUCCAUCGGCGUCGUGGGGCACUACAACCUCGACGCCAACGACAACGCCGCUGUGACCAGAGUCCCCGAAGCCCGCGUCGGCAUCGACGCCGUGCUUCCCAACGGCUACGGCGCCGCCAAAUGGGGCUGCGAGCGCAUGCUCGACGCGACGCUGCACGCGCACCCGCAGCGCUUCCGCACCAUGGCCGUGCGCCUGGGCCAGAUCGCCGGCAGCAAGACCAGCGGCUACUGGAACCCCAUGGAGCAUUUCGGCUUCCUAGUCAAGUCGAGCCAGACGCUCGGCGCGCUGCCCGACGCCCCGGGCGCCGCGUACUGGACGCCCGUCAACGACGUCGCCGCCGCGCUGAGCGACCUCGUCCUCAGCGACCGAGCGCCGCACCCGAUCUACCACGUCGAGAACCCCGUCGGCCAGCCCUGGAGCCAGAUCAAUGCCGUGCUGUCCGAGGCGCUGGGUAUCCGCACGCUGAUUCCGUUUGAGGAGUGGGUUGAGCGCGUGCGCGCGGCGCCGCAGCAUGAUAAUCCCGCGGCGACGCUGCUGGAGUUCUUGGAUAGCAACUAUAUUCGCAUGAGCUGCGGCGGACUGGUGCUGGAUGUGGAGAAGAGUGUGCAGCAUUCGGAGAGUUUGGCACGGGUGGGGCCUGUGAGUGAGGAGAUCGUGAGGAAGUAUGUGCAUGUUUGGAGGGAGAUUGGGUUUUUGAAGUAGUUUUUG